AAAACAAAAUCUUUUUCUUCAAUUCUCUCAGAUUCUUCUCAUUCUCUUUAAUGUUUUCAUGGUAUCACAAGCCACAAGGCUAACGCUUCUUCUUCUUUGAUCUUGAUUCCGCUGUCGUAUUCUCUCUUCAUUCUUGAUCCUUCUUCUUCGAUCUUGUCCCCAAUUUCUUGCAAUUUCUUAGAUUUCUCAGAAAUUCUUGAUUACAAUGGUGACUGCUUCUCAGUUAGUUCUUGCUCAAUCUCCGAUUUCUUCUUUAAUUCCUACUGUUGGUAAUACAGUGACUGUCAAACUCGAUGAUACGAACUUCGUUACCUGGAAUUUCCAAAUGGAGCUUUUGCUUCGCGGUCAUGGCGUUCUAGGGUUUGUUGAUGGUUCUAUGCCCUGUCCUGCUCAAUUCACUAGUGCUGCUGAAAAUCGCACUGUCUCUGAUGCCUAUCAGGUUUGGAAAAUCCAUGAUAAUGCCUUGAUGAUCUUAAUUACUGCUACUUUGUCCUCCUCUGCAAUUUCCUAUGUCAUUGGUAGUCAAAGUUCUCGUGACAUGUGGCUCAAUCUCAAGGAACGAUUUGCAAGCAUAUCUCGAACAAGUAUUUUCCAGAUGAAAACCAAUCUUCAGAAUAUUAAGAAGGGCCCUGAGUCUAUUGAUCAAUAUCUUCAGAAGAUCAAGGAUUCCAGGGAUCAACUUUCUGCUGUUGGUGUCGACAUCUCUGAUGAAGAUAUCAUGAUUCUUACUCUCAAAGGUUUACCUGCUGAGUACAAUACUAUUAAGGCCGUGAUUCGUGGUCGGGAGAGUGUUUUAUCAAUGAAAGAACUUCGUUUUCAACUUAAGGCUGAGGAAUCUACUCUUGAAGAAACGGCUCGACAAAUUCCUUUGCUUUCAGCUAUGGCUGUCAUGCCAAAUGCUGCAGGUUCUGUGCCUUCUCCUGUGCCACCUCAAUCUGUGUCAUAUUCUCCCAAUUCAUCUUCUGGAUUUCGUGGUUCAUCUUUUCGAGAUCGUGGUAGAGGUCGUCUAUCCUAUAAUACUUUUCAAAGAUUUCCUGGUAAGAAUGGUAAUUACAAUAAUUCAAGUGGGAUUCUUGGCUGGCCUCAACAUGUUCCUCCAUUCUCUGGUUCAUAUUCUGUGCCUACUUGUCAAAUUUGCAACAAAAGAGGACAUAUUGCAGCAACUUGCAAUUAUCGAUCUACCUCAUCUCAAUCUGCUGAUAUUGAACCUUGUCAAAUUUGUUGGAAAAGGAAUCACACUGCCCUCACUUGUCACUUUCGAGAUAGUUAUGCUUCUCCUUCCCCUCAGAUGAGUGCCAUGUCUGCUCAAACAUCUCCUUCUCAAGAAGUUUGGAUUGCAGAUUCUGGGGCUACCAACCAUAUGACUGCAGAUAUCUUUGCUUUGUCUACACCUGCUUCUUAUCCUAAUGCUAAUACUAUCACAGCUGCUAAUGGAGCAGGACAUAGCUAUAGGGAAACUUCUGUACAAAGGACUGAGCAGUAAUGGUCUUUAUCCUAUGCCUCGUCCUCUUAAUCACGCUGCUUCUUCUGCUGCCUUGCUUGGACAGAAGGUCACUUCAGAUCUUUGGCAUUGCAGACUUGGACAUCCUACAAA